CAUUAUGCUAAGUGAAAUAUGCCAGUCACAAAAAAUCAAAUACUGUAUGAUUCCACUUUCCUGAGAUACAUAGAGUAGUCAAAUUCAUAGAGUCAGAAAGUAGAGUUGUGGUUAGCAGGGGCUGGGAGAGAGAAGGGAAUGGAGAGUUAGUGUUUAAUGGGUACAAGAUUUGAGUUGGAGAAGAUGAAAAAGUUUUGGGAGAUGGAUGGUGGUGAUGGUUGCACAGCAAUAUGAAUGUACUUAAUGCCACUGAACUUAAAAAUGGUUAAGAUGGUAAACUUUAUGUUAUGUAUAUUUUACCACAAUUAAAAAUAAUUCUUAAAAAGAGCCCAAACUACCAUUAGAAAGACUUAUGCCCACUGAAGGCAUAAACACAGGAACUCAGCAACACAGAAACAUGCCUGCCUCCCCUCCCAGGAGCACUUCUCUGACCCAGAUAAAGGCCCGGGUCUUCCCCUAAACAAAUCUGGAGAUAAGGCCCUAAUGAAGGCUCUGCCACCUCAGCUAACCCCACAGCUCAUUACCUUCCCACAGUCUGGCUCUGCUUACUCAACCCCCUGCCCCUCACACAGCCUCCCCACCCCUAGGGAAGAGCCUCCUUAGAGUGCCUGGUGCUCCAAUUUCUGCCCCUGCCCCUGCCCCUGGGAUGGGAUGGAAUGGCCUAGUACUUAAGAUCUUGGUGUCCGGCUCUCCCCUGCUUCCUUAGGUCCCUCACUUCUAGGGUCCUCAAAGACAAAGCCCCAGCCCCAUUCAUCUUUGGUCCCAGGGCCCAGCUCCAUGUGGGGAGCCCCUAAAUCUUCCUGUCCCCCUGCUAUGUGUGUGUUGGGCCUGAUGUGUGAAGCUCUGUGGUCAUAGAAGAACCUGUAUCUGGUGUGGAUGUGAUCACAGACCAAGUAAAGCAAGUGCAGUCAGUACUAAACUAGGGUUGUGAGACAUGGCAUUAGGUCUCCUGCUCUUCCGGCCCUCCUCAUUGGACCCGAUACCUCCAUAGAAAGGUGGUGCCUUGAGCUGUCACUGCACCACUGUGACCACUUCUGCUUGGCCUGCCUCCCUAACUAGCUGCCAUGUGCUGACCCGCCUUCUCCAGAGCAAAGCCUCUCACCCAUGCUACAGAAGACUCUAGGACCAUGGCCUCUGUUGGGGGCAGAGAAUAGAAACCAGCCUGCCCUGUUAGCCUCCUGGCUUUGCAGUGUGUCCCCCAUCCUCUGAAACAAACUUUCUCACUAACUGUUUAAUACUCAGACCCUGAGAGGAAGAAGGCUGAGGUCUACCCCUCACCAGGCCAAGAGCUUCCCUAAAAUUGAGGAUGUUGGAAACAUAGCCAUCUGGAACAGCAUUUCUCGGGUGUGGGCCUCAGCCCAUUGCCCCAGGUGCACAGGGCCACUUGUUAAAAAGCAGGAUCGAGAAACCUACUUAGACCUUCUGGAUCAGAAUCUCAGGUGGAUAGAGCCUGGAGAUCUGCAUUUUAACACUUCUUGGGGACCAGGGUGACAGCCACUGCUCUAGACCCUUGGAAGAUGGGCUCAGAGCCAGGGUGGGGGUGGAGCAGGGUACUGUCAAUGCCACAGUUAUGGGAGUGGAGAGUAUCAGGGCCAUUAUAGAAGCAAAGAGAGGCCCAGAAGGGGGACAGAUAGGUGUUGAUGUCCUUGGCAGUUCUGUGUGACACUGUUCAGCUCUUAUUUGGGGCCUGUGUGCAGGUGUGCCAAGGCUCGUGAUAUCCGUCAUGGUAUGUUUGGGGUUAUGGCUAGUCUCUGAAUUAGUGUUUGGGUCAGUUUACGUGAGUUUGAUAAAAAGUGUGUGGUCUGCAUAUAUCAGCCUGUAAUCUAUGUGUGUCAACUGUCAGUAUGUCAGUAAGCCCAUCUGCUUGUGUGUUCACUUCUUUAUCUUGGUGUCUUGAGUCAUUUAUCCACCCUGGUGUGUCUGUGCAUGCGUGUGUGUGCUUGCGUGUCCCUGAGCAGGCCCAGGCCCCUCUGCACCAUAAUCCAACCUCCACUGGGGGUCUGUGGUCAGGAUUUGGAGGGAACUUGCUAGGAGCCUGGUGGAAAUGGGGCAGGUGAUGCUGGGGUGGGGCAGGGAGGGCGCAGGAGUGUGUGCUAAGGACUUGGCGCUGCAGUUUCCCUGGGCGGGCGAGUCCCAACAGCGGGCAGGCAGGUGAGGCUGACCUGACAGGUUCCAGAGGCCAGGGGCAAUGGGGUGGAGCAUGGCUCUGACUUAGGCUGGCAACAGGUUUGGGGCCCUGCCACACAGGUCAGGCAGGCAGGAGGUGGUUGUGCUGGUAUCUUCUUCCUGCUGCAGCCAGCCCGAGGUGUAGGCCAUGGAGCCUGCUGGAGGGUGAGGGCAGCCAGGUGGGCAGGCAGGUGGGAGGCCUAGGUCCUGGAGGCCUGGAGGCCUGGAAGCCUAGAGCAUGGCAGGACCCCUUCGGGGCCGGGUGGAGGAGCUGAAGCGGCCAUGGUGGCGGGAAAGCUCACCACUGGUGCUACAGCACAGCGAGGCGGCCCGGCUGGCAGCUGACGCCCUCCUGGAGCGGGGUGAGGCCGCCUACCUGCAGGUCAUCUCUGAGGAGCGGGAGCUGCCCUUUCUGAGUGCCCUGGACAUGGACUAUAUGACCAGCCACGUGUGUGGGGGCCCUGAACUCAGUGAGGCCCAGGAACUGGAGGCCUCAGGGCCCGACCACCUCAGCCUGCUCUCCGAAGUCACCUCAGGCACUUAUUUCCCCAUGGCCUCCGAUACAGAUCCCCCAGACCUGGACUUGGGCUGGCCCGAGGUUCCACAGGCCACGGGCUUCAGUCCCACACAGGCUGUGGUCCACUUCCAGCGGGACAAGGCUAAGAACAUCAAAGACCUUCUGCGUUUCCUCUUCAGCCAGGCCCGCACGGUGGUGGCUGUGGUGAUGGACGUAUUCACCGACAUGGAGCUUCUGUGUGACCUCAUGGAGGCCUCGAGCCGGCGUGGUGUCCCUGUCUACCUGCUCCUGGCUCAGGAGCACCUGAGGCACUUCCUGGAGAUGUGCUACAAGAUGGACCUCAAUGGGGGGCACCUGCCGAACAUGCGUGUGCGGAGCACGUGUGGGGACAUGUACUGCAGCAAGGCAGGCCGCCGCUUCACAGGGCAAGCCCUGGAGAAGUUCGUCAUCAUCGACUGUGAGCAGGUAGUGGCAGGCAGCUACAGCUUCACCUGGCUUUGCAGCCAGGCCCACACUAGCAUGGUGCUGCAGCUGAGGGGCCGCAUUGUGGAAGACUUUGACCGGGAGUUCCGCUGUCUGUAUGCGGAGUCACAGCCUGUGGAGGGCUUCUGUGGUGGUGAUGAUCCCCUGUCUCCCCGGGCACCGUGCCCUCCCACAGUGGCCUUGGCCUCCAGGCCCCGCAUCCCCAGUGCCACAUCCUCAUCGCCCUCCAGCACCAGCCUCAGCAGCAUCAAGCACUCACCUCUCAUGGGCCGUUCCUCCUACCUCGCUCUACCAGGAGGCGGUGGCUGCAGUGACAUGGGUAUGGGGUCCUCAUCCCCGGGCCCUGCCCAUGGUGAGGCCAGUGGCCAGCCCUCUCUGCAACGCCAGAUGUCAGACCCUAAUCAUGGCUUCCUCCCAGGGCCCUACAGGGCCAACCUAGGCAAGCUGGGGGCAUUCCCAUGGUCCCAGUCCUCCCCUGCCCUCAACCACAAUAGUGCCAGCCCCUUGACCCUGACAGUGAGGUCACCUCUGCUCCCUCACCCGCGCCUUCUCUUCCCCUUCCCUCGGGGUGUCUCAGCCCUGUCCAAGCUACCGGAGAAUGGGCUCCCAGGAAGCCGGGAGCCCAGCCCCACACGAGGUCGCUGGGUACCUGGCACAGCCCUGGAGACGGUGGAGGAGAAGAAGGUGUCUCUCAGUCAGAGCCACGGCCAGCUGGAUCUCCUUGUCCCCUUCUCCAGAGCCCGAGAAGAAGGAGGCCCUGAUUCUGGGGUUACUCCCAACUCAGGUUCCCUUUGGCCUGGUGAACAGGCCACAGAGGACAGGAGGUUGUUCCCAAGCCAGAGAUACAGCCAGAUGGAUAUCCUGCCUCGGGCCCAGGAUGGCAGGGGUGCCCCUGAAUCAGGUUCCCCCAGACCUGGCGAUCAGACUCCAGAGGACAAGAAGCUAUCCCCAAACCACGGUCACGGCCAAUUGGACCUCCUGGUACAGUACCCCAAGGCUGGGGGCUCCAGAGUGCCUCCUGAAGCCAACUCCUCAGCCAGGGCUGGCAAGCAGGGUCCAGAUGAGCGACGGCAGACCCUGGGCCACAGCCAGCUGGACCUCAUCACAAAGUUUGGCCCAUUCCGGGGCGAGGGGCCUGGGCCCAGUGGUCUCCCUGGACCGAGUCCUGCUCGCAAGGCUGGAGUGGGCUCCGGGGAUGAGAAGCGGCUGACUCUGGGCCACAGCAAGCUGGACCUCAUUACAAAGUAUCAUCAAUUGCAGGGCACCAGGCAGGGACCUGACCCUGGCCUUCCCGGGGGCCCCACAGGUGGCCAUGGCAAUGGCAGUAGCAAUGGCCUGCUUGAGGAUGAGAAACGACUGACCCUGGGUCACAGCAAACUGGACCUCAUCACCAAGUACAACAAGUCCAAGUGCAAGCUGCUCCGAAGCCGCUUUGAGUCCUAGUCCUGCUCCCAGCAGAGACAUGUCCCUGCUCCAUCCACUGAGUCUCUAGACUUGCUCAGGUCCCAGACACUGUGUUGGGAGCUUGGGCAGGGGCUGUAUGGGGAGGAAAGGAUAUCUAGAAGCCCAGGUGAGACACUCCCUGGGCUCAGGAUUCUUGCUUAUACACACACACACACACACACACAGGGAAAUGGAACCCACAGUUACUGGGCACCUGUCAUUUGCCUCUGUGCUGGGCACUUCACACCAGUUACUUCUCAUCCUUCAUCCUCACAACGUUCUACAAGAUAGAUCUCUUGUAGGUAUACAAUUCUACGAUCAUAGAUACUAUCUUACUUAUUUUGUUAAUGUGGAAGCUGAGGCCCAGAGAGUUUGAUGACUUGCUUGGAAUCAGGUCCAAGUAAGUGGCAGAAUAGGGGCUCAAACCUAUGUCUCUGACUCUUAAGAUUAUGUUUUUGCACAGACAUGACACACAAUAUCAACAGUUCACAUGUCCCCAUGCACACAAAAUACACACAUCACAGAGAUGCCUCAAAUGCCUGCACAAUAUACACAGCACACUGACAGGGUUCACACCCACAAACUGUAUGCCCAUAGAAACACACAGUAUGUACACAUAGAUCGAAGUGAUAGACCAAAACACUCAGAGUUCUAGUUAUAGGUACUCAAUGUCAUUUGGUUAAAUGAAUGGCACAAAAUAUAUACAUUCAGUGUACACUGUAGACCCCUCAGGAUCCACAGAUCAUAAGUAUGCAUAUAAUCAUACACACACAAACAUGGAGGUACACACGCACCAACCAGUAUCUUCUUGAACCUAAGCCUUAUACUGGGCAUGCCAUAGGGCUGACAAAUAAAUCAGGCUCAGUCUCUGGGAGAUGAGGAUUAAAUGUACAAACCAUUGGUGAGCAAGACAGCUGUAUCUAAUUAAAGGCUGACCAGUGAAAGAGGGUGGUAGAGAACAAAGGGCAGAGAGUCGUGGUGACAGUGGAGUAGUGAGUAAAGUUCCUUAGAGGUGCAGUUUUUGAGCCAGGCCUUGAAGGAUGGGGAGGAUUUGGACAGAUGGAGGAGAGAGUUAGAGGAAUUCCUGGUAGAGGGAACCAGGUGAAGAGAGGCCAGCAAGAGGACUGAGGCAGUGGAUGAGAUGACCUGGGGAGGACAAGUGAAGAUGUGGAUACCCAGACACUCUGACACACACACAUCAUUUUGCUGAAUGUCCCUAGAAGCACAGUCUCUGACAGGUUGUGGGUCCUUUUCCUGAGCUCACCACCUGCCUGGGAGAUAUACAUGAUUCAAAUCAAUAAAGGCAGAUAUGCUAUGACCCAGCAGCAGCCUGGUGUUUUCUGAGGGUGGCAGAGUUAUAGAACUGCACGUUGGGGGCAGGGGAAGGGCACCAUUCAUGCUAAUUAUAGAGGGCUCCCUGGGAGAGAGUGGAUGGCCUCAGGAGGACUAGGGGGAGGCCAGGGGCUGCAAACCCCCUGUGCCCUGUGAUGUUCUGAGAGACCCGGGGGCUUUUGUAGAUUCUGCAAAAGGUGGGCCAAGUUCAUCUCGUCCACAAGAGUAUAUCCCUUGACUGCCACCAUCAGUCAUGGAGACAGAAAGUGGCUGCUGAAUGAGUGAUCAAGCAUGUGCAAGAGGCACAUACAUAGUGAAAACCAGUCAGCUCCCACACCCUUGCCCACUUUGGACUCUCCCCCUCUAACCUCUCCCUAAGACCCUGCUUUAUCCAUCCUCCCCUCUCUCCAAUACCUUCUUCAGCCUUGUUUCCUUUAUUUCUCUGGCCACACCUCCUUCUCCAGCCUCUGUCCUCUCACUUCUCCCUACUGGAUACCCUCUCCAUGGGUGAGGGUGGAGCCUCAUCCACCCCAGGCUUCAGCCUCAAAUCUUAUUCCUAUGCCCAUCACUCUCCUUGGGCUCCAGAUCCGGCCUUGAUGUCUGUCCCGCGCAGAUCACUUUGCCCACACCUCUUCCUCCUCAGGCUUCAGUAAAUACCUCCAUCGACUCAUCCUCUGUGAGACGUCUGUGGCUCCUCCUCUCUCAUGCCUCACAUCCAGCCAGCCACAGGUCUCCUGAAAACGUCCUGAACGAGUGAAUGAAUGACUGAUAAAUGAUGCACUGCAAGCAUGAAGGGGGGCGGGGCCAGGCGGGGUUGCGACGAGUCCGUUUGCAACCAUAGAGUCAUCCCAGGGGCUGGAGCUAGAGUGACCGCAUGCGUGGCGGCGUGCGCCAUGCUCUUCCGGAAGUCUCCCAAGGCGGAGGCGGAGGCGGAAACGGAAACCUACCUCAGGCAGAGAGGGAGGUCUUGCCGCGUGAGGAGGUAGCGGUUAUUUGGUGAGCCCGUGUGGAAGGAGCCCGUGUGGAAGGAGUCCGUGUGGAAGGAGACUGAAAGGCCCCCAGGUCUCAUGGCGGUCCGAGCGUCGUUCGAGAACAACUGUGAGAUCGGCUGCUUUGCGAAACUCACCAACACCUACUGCCUGGUGGCCAUUGGAGGGUCCGAGAACUUCUACAGUGUGUUCGAGGGCGAACUCGCCGAUACCAUCCCCGUGGUGCACGCGUCGAUCGCUGGCUGCCGCAUCAUCGGGCGCAUGUGUGUGGGAGACAGAGGAAAUCCUGGCUGAUGUGCUCAAGGUGGAAGUCUUCAGACAGACAGUGGCUGACCAGGUGCUAGUAGGGAGCUACUGUGUCUUCAGCAAUCAGGGAGGGCUGGUACAUCCCAAGACUUCAAUUGAAGACCAGGAUGAGCUGUCUUCUCUUCUUCAGGUCCCACUUGUGGCGGGCACUGUGAACCGAGGCAGUGAGGUGAUCGCUGCUGGGAUGGUGGUGAAUGACUGGUGUGCCUUCUGUGGUCUGGACACAACCAGCACAGAGCUGUCAGUGGUGGAGAGUGUCUUCAAGCUGAACGAAGCCCAGCCUAGCACCAUUGCUACCAGCAUGCGGGAUUCUCUCAUUGACAGCCUUGCCUGAGUCACCUUCCAUGCUGUUCCAUGGGUUCCUGGCUAUGGACUUUGGCUCCCUCUCCAUGCGCCACCCAGUCUGUACCGGAUGCUGAUAGGGAGGUGGCAGAGAGCCUACUGGGACUGAGUUGGCUGGAGGCCUAGCCCUUCUUUGCCUGUUUCCACCUCUUGAAUCUGGUUUCUGCAGAAAUCUGCCACAUCAUGCUGGUGGUCAGGCCCUGUGACCCCUAGCUGAAAGUUCUACUGUCCCAUUAAAGGGCAGCUGCUUCUGGUCA